AUGCAUAAUAUUAGUCUAGUUGAAACUGUUAAUAUUCUAUUAGAUUAUCUUUUACAAUUACAAUUUUUCACAAUAAAAUCCAAUAAAAAAGAUUAUAAUGAUCUUUUAGUAAAAAACGAUAUUAUUAGUGAACUUUCUAAAAUAUCUAAAGCUUCUGAAGAGACACCUAAAUUCAACAAAAUUCCAGAAAAUCCUAAAAAUAGAAAAUUUCAAAAACCUCCCCGCCCCCCAAAUGCUUUUAUUCUUUAUCAACGAUCUAAACAUCAGGAAAUA